AUGAUAUUUAAUAACACGGAACAUAUUCUGAAUAUGACACAAUUAUCAAAGUCAAUUAUUAAUGAUCUUAAUCUUGUUACAGAAAGAUUUGUCAUCCAUCUUCCAUUUAUUUUUUUUAUCUUUGGUUUGAUUGGAUUCAUUGGAAAUCUUUUCACCUACCUUCAUGCUGCACUUCGUUCGAAUACUUGUUGUAUUUAUUCACUCUGUGGUUCAAUAAUUGAUAUAAUCAAUCUUUCUCUCAAUUUAUUUGCAAGAUAUCUUUCUCAAAAAUAUGCAACUCAUAUUUCAUGGUAUAGUUCACGUGUUACAUGCAAACUUAAUAUUUUUCUUCUUGCAUUUCUUCCUCAUUUAUCAAUUAAUUUUUUGCUCAUGGCUACCAUCGAUCGAUUUGCUUGUACAUGUAAACUUACAUCGCCUAUACAUCGGCUUAAUCAACUUAAAACAGUACCAUGGAUGAUCAUUAUUACAAUUAUUUCUAGUUGUAUUGCAUCAAUCUAUUCAGCUAUUUUGUAUGAUCUUGUGGAUGGAUCACAGUGUAUUUCUACACAACCGCAACUGAAUAGUAUUUUGUAUAUAAUAUUGGGUGGUGUGAUGCAACCAUCAUUGAUGUUGAUUUUUGUAUUACUUACUCGUCGAAAUGUAAAUCACAGUAAACGACGUGUAGGUAGAGUUACAGCGACACGAGGACCACAUUUGCAAAAUCAAUUCAUUUUAAUGAUAUUUUCUCAAGUGGUAGUAACAGCUUUCUUAUUAUUACAAUGGAUUAUUCCCGGUGAAAAAUAUUCCGAAGAAAAUCCAGAUUAUUUUUGA